ACACCAGGGGUUGGAAAAACCACGCUAGGCAAAGAACUUGCAUCAAGAUCAGGACUGAAAUACGUUAAUGUGGGUGAUUUAGCUCGAGAAGUCUGAUCACCGGAUAUCAUGGAGUCUGGCAAGAUGGCUUCUCCCAAGAGCAUGCCGAAAGAUGCACAGAUGAUGGCACAAAUCCUGAAGGAUAUGGGGAUUACAGAAUAUGAACCAAGAGUUAUAAAUCAGAUGUUGGAGUUUGCCUUCCGAUAUGUGACCACAAUUCUAGAUGAUGCAAAAAUUUAUUCAAGUCAUGCUAAGAAGGCUACUGUUGAUGCAGAUGAUGUGCGAUUGGCAAUCCAGUGUCGUGCUGACCAAUCUUUUACCUCUCCUCCCCCAAGAGAUUUUUUAUUAGAUAUUGCAAGGCAAAGGAAUCAAACCCCUUUGCCAUUAAUCAAGCCAUAUUCAGGUCCCAGAUUGCCACCUGAUAGAUAUUGCUUGACUGCUCCAAAUUAUAGACUUAAAUCCUUACAAAAAAAGGCAUCUACUUCUGCGGGAAGAAUAACAGUUCCACGGAUAAGUGUUGGUUCGGUUACUAGCAGACCAAGUACUCCCACACUUGGCACACCAACCCCACAAACCAUGUCUGUUUCAACUAAAGUAGGGACUCCAGUGUCCCUCACAGGGCAAAGGUUCACAGUACAGAUGCCCACUUCACAAUCCCCAGCUGUAAAAGCAUCAAUUCCUGCAACAUCAGCAGUUCAGAAUGUUCUCAUUAAUCCAUCACUAAUUGGGUCCAAAAAUAUUCUUAUUACCACUAACAUGGUGUCAUCACAGAAUACUGCCAAUGAAGCAUCAAAUGCAUUGAAAAGAAAACGUGAAGAUGAUGAUGAUGAUGAUGACGAUGAUGAUGAUGACUAUGAUAAUUUGUAAUUUAGCCUUGAUCAUGUAACAUGUAUAGUUGGUUUUGAAUCCAUUGUACUGAGAUUUAAUAUGCAUGCUAGAUGUUUCCAUGUUGUGUUUUAGAAAAAUAGUAUUUAAUGAGUAAAUAUGGUUACCAUACUUUUCAAUUGAGAUGUUGUGUUGGAUUUUCUUUAAUAGGAGUAGUAAAGGUUUUUCAUCAGCCUUUAAGUGUAAAAAAUAAAGUUGUAAUUCAUCCA